UCCACCUCGGAAGCUAGCUGUCAAAGAAGAAUGCAUUGAAGCAGAAAUAUUUGAUGACACCUCGUCAUCCACGCCAACAAUGAAACGUGAAUCAUUCUCUGAAUUUGAGGCAGAACGCAAAUCGUGCCCCUACUGCCCAGCUGUCUUUGAAUCUGGAGUUGGCCUUUCCAAUCAUGUUAGAGGACAUUUACACAGGGUUGGCUUAAGUUACAAUGCUCGCCAUGUCGUCUCAGCUGCACAAGUGGCCUCACAAGACAAGAUGCCUCGUAUCCGCCGAAGGAUGGGUGCAGUACGUCACAUAAAAACAGAAACCGCUCUUCAGCUGACAGAGGCACAGGAUGAACUUACCUGCCCAUUAUGCAGAGAGUGGUUUGACACAAGGACUGGCCUGUCCAAUCAUGUACGGGGCCAUCUGAAGCGAUUAAAAAAAGCAUUUUCUACAACUGCUGCCAAAUCUCCAGUGUUGGUUCUGAAGGAGUUGAUGCGUGACAAGAAACAGUUCCAAGCAAGAGUGCAAGCUCUCCAAAAGAAGAGUCGAGAGUCCCGUUCUGUAAAACACGUUGGUUUAAUAAGUUCAAAUGGUCUGUUCUACUCGUCCACUGCCAAAGUCCAAAGCUUCCGACGAGGAGGCAAACAGCAGGGACCAGUGUCAUCCCAAUCAGGAGAAGAGAGAAGGGAAAAGAAGAGAGUAGAGACUAAAGAUGGGGUCAAAGGAUCUCCAUCAAGUGAUCUAAUUGGGAUUCUGAAAAAGAGGAAAACUCACGAAGAGACCAAGGUGAAAAGUCCAUCUCAAACGGCAAGAAAGGCUAUUCAUAUAUCUCCUACCAAAGAGCGUGGGAUGGGAAUACAGAUUCACAAAGCACUGCCAAACUCAAUUUCAGAUAAAAGUGACCUAAAUAGAAAGGUAUGUGUUCACUGUAAUGCCACUUUCCACAGUGGUGUAAGCCUCUCCAAUCAUUUACGAGCUUACGCACGUCGAAAGAGAAAUGCCCUUCUAGAGGGAACAACGUAUGACUGUAAACAGAGGAAACAGAGGUCAAGGUCUGGGUCAAAGAAGAAAACUCAUCCAUCACUGCACAUGCCUGAGGAAAUAUAUAGACUUACUUGCAGGUUUUGUGAUCUAGUCUUCCAGGGUCCUCUUUCGGUCCAGGAGGACUGGAUAAAGCAUUUACAGAGGCACAUCAUGAACACCAGUGUACCGCACACAGGAGCAGGUAUGGUGGAGGUCACCUCCUUUCCCAAGGACCCCAGCAUGGACAGAGAAGAGCAGGCGCAACCAACAUUGACUCAAGCUGCCUGUUAAGCCCAGGAAACUUUUUAGAUUUUCAUUCUAGAAUUAUUGUCUGUAGAUGUUUUAAAUUCACAAUUUCCCCAGAAUUUUGUAUGUUCAUUAAUAAUGAGACAAUACAUUUUCACCGUUCAUGUCAGUUGUUUUUAAAAUGAUAUUGUCAUAUUGUACUGGUACCUUACAUGGUUCACGU